AUGAUACAGGAACUCUCACAAUCGCACCAAGCACUGUCUCAGCAAAUGACAGCCAAAGAGGACCGGUACAUGCGACAUAAUAUCAAAAUCAGCGGAGUGCUGGCGUCUAUCUCAACAGAGGAACUGCCACACUUUGUGAGGAGAACCCUCCAUGUGACCCACAAUGGGACCACUCAAUCACUCACAUCACUGGCAGAUGCACCUAAAUUCCUAUCAACAUUGGGACUGACGCAUACACAGACUGGCCCAGCAGCCACUACACCUGGCAAGAUGUGGAACCCUUCUAAAGUCACGCCCUUUGUCCCAAGGGCUCGAGUGGACAAGCGACUAGACACCUGA